AACAAUCAUUAAUGCUUAAGUGUCAAAGUCAUGAUACGAGAGUAAACCAAAACAAAUCAUAUCAAAUGUGAAUCAAGUGUUGUUGAAGCAACUAAAAAAUAACAGCCAUUGAAAUGAGUUCCGAAUCGCAAAAUACAGUAGAAAAUUCCGAUUUUUUGUCAUUCAACACAAAUCGAACGAAUGAUGAUGGCAAAAAUAAUCGAAAUAAUUUCCAAUAUCGGCCGUACAAUCGGAAUCGAAACCAGCGAAAUCCAAAUUUCCGACACAAUCAAUACAUGGGCGGUCCAAAUGAAGGCGAUCCACAAUUUUCACCAGCCAAUUUCAGUAGUCCGGUUAGUGGUUAUCAGCAUCGAGGUUUUCGGCCACAUCACAUGAAUCAGUUUCCAAAUCAACGCAAUUUCACACCAUACAAAAAAUUUGGAGGUAAUCAUCAUCGCGGUGGUGGUGGUGGCGGCCAUGGUUCGCCAAGAGAUAUACCGAUCCAGCAAUAUUUUCAUAAGACCAUGCUCGAAGAUCCAUGGGCUGAUUGCCAUAAAUUCAAUGGUACAGCAAACGAAACUAACUGUCAAACUGAACCCGUACCGACUGAAUUAACCGUAGAAACUUGAGCAUUUUUUGUGUAUGGAAUAAAACUCUUUUUCUGAUAAACAA